UGUCUUGUUUAUUGAUGAUAAUAUGUUUGGAAACUAUUAAAUGCGAUCUCUUGAGUGAUAUGAAGAGCGAUAUCAAGGCAUCGGCCGAUCCAGAUGUGGGCGACUUCUGGAACUGGGUUUUUGGUGACGACAACACCACUGAUGAGGGCAAGCCCUUAGAGCACAUCAAAGAGGAACUGGAGUAUCACUACGGAAUCAAUUAUGAUUUGGACAAUAAGUCGGCCGAUUUGGAACAGGAGAUGCACUUUCAUAUGUUUAAUUUACACGAUUUCGAUAAAAAUAAAUUAUUGGAUGGUUUGGAAUUGCUGUCAAUGAUGGACAGACACGAGAACAGCCAUCACUCGCAUUCAACUACUCAUUCAAUCGAUCAGAACAUAGCAAUUGUCGAUAUGUUGUUACGGACUGACGAUACAAAUAAUGACGGAUUCUUGGAUUACAAUGAGUUUAAAAGCGCUAAAUCUAAGCAUAAUAUAAAGGGCUUAAGGGUUUAGUCAAUAGUAAACAAAAUAUUGAAAUUUCUUUCAGAGAAAAGCAAUAAAAUGUAGUAAAAUAUAAACCGAAAUUAAAUCUUGAAAAUACGAGUGGAGUUAUGAGUGUAUGGCAAAAGUGGGUUUCCUAAGGAUUUUUGACAUUUUUCCGUUGCUGUUGAUA